GUCGCGGAAGCGGAACGUGGUGACGUAUUAUUUGCGCGUCCGAGAGGAAAGUCAGGAUUCAGCUACGCUCACUAGUAGAUUUGAUCAGCACACGGGCAAUGGGGGACGUGAAGACCCCAGACUUUGAUGAUUUGCUGGCAGCGUUUGAUAUUCCUGACAUUGAUGCCAUCCAGUCGAGUCCAGAAGAGGACGAGGUGUCUGCUAAUGAAAUAAAAAGUUCAUCUUCCUUCCCAGGCUCACCCACCUCACACACUGAGCCUCCUGCUGUCAGUGUUAUAGUGAUGAACACUGUGCGGCCCUGUGAAGAUGAUGAUGAUGAUGAUGGAGGAGAAAAAGGCAAUCCCACAAACACUCUUUUAGACUCACAUGUCAAGAUGGAUGACACCACGUCUGCUGCCCAUAUUGCCAAUGGGUUUAAUGGGUCUGGUACUAAUGACCAGCAAGGAUCCAGUACAGCACCGUGGCAACAGUUGAACGAUGACGAUGAAGGGAGUCCGAUGGAGGUUGGAUCGGUCAGGAAUGUGAUUGAAAAUGUGAUCUGUUUGAAGCCCCAUUCGCAACUGGAUUCCACUCAAUUAUCCAUUAAUUCCUCUCCGCAGUCUGGCUUCCCUCAGAAGGAGGAACCACACCUUCCUCGUGCGCCAUCUUCUCCUUUACCACACAACGGGGGUGUUUGCAAAAAGAAUGCCACGCACUUGGAUGAGGAUGACUCGGAACCAGACUUGGGAAGCCCGCUGGUGAUCCAUGAAAGUCCAGAAUCCGUCAUGCCGUCGCCUCCAAAGUUGACACACAGCAUAAGACGUCAACCUGAGCUAUGCAUCUCCCCUGAGGCCACCUUGUGCACUCUUCCACAUUCUUCUAGCAGCGCCUCUCUUGAGGCGUUGACUGAGCAGGAGGGGAAGCCCAUUUCCCUUUCUGCUCUCCAGCUGCCGGGCCCACAGAACUGUCACUUGGCGCCCGUGCAAGAGGAGAAAUACCCAGAGCAUGUGAUCGAUGAGCGGGACUCCCCUGAGAGUCCACCGCCCAGUGAGAUGGGGCUUGCGUUUCCCAAGACAAGUCCUGAGUCAGGCAAGGAGAAUAUGGACAGUGCGCCACGCCAAAAUGACACACCGAAUGAUAGUGGAAAGACUAAAGGAGAUGGUCAAACUGUAAACGAGACAUCAUCUUCUAACACUGUGUCUGCAAAAACACCUCCAACCAACUUGUUGCCCCUCAAGGUUAAAAUCAAAGUGCCCGCAGGGAGUUUAACCAAGACAACACUUAAAAGAGGUCCAAGAGCAAAUUCUAAAGGUGCGAAAUCUUCCCCACAGGCUCACAAUACAAGAUCAAAGAGGGGGGGCUCCUACCAGUCUCUUGCAGGGCUUCCAGAAAUGACACUCAAAGAAAAACGCUCGGUGGGCAUCAAACCUAAAGCCUCCCCCACAGUCGUCAGCAUCGCCAAAACCACAUCUCUUCCUUCCAUGACGGCCUCAACGACCAGACCUGGUGGUGUCAACCUGCGCUGCCUAGGUCACAAGACUCUCCAGAGUUCACCUCAGGGCAGCAGCCGACCCGCCUCCAUAGUCAACAGCGGCGGGGCCAUCAUAUCCAAAAGCCAGACCAACUUGGUGGCAAGCUUCAACAAGAUUCUCACCAAUAAGAACCUGCUGCCCAGCUAUAAACCUGACCUGAGCUCACCGCCUCCUGCUGAGUGGGGCCUUCCUCUGCCUGCUCAGGGUUACCGGUGUUUGGAGUGCGGAGACGCCUUUGCCCUGGAGCAGAGUCUGGCCCGCCACUACGAUCGGCGGUCGCUGCGCAUCGAGGUGACGUGCAACCACUGCGCCAAGAGGCUUGCCUUCUACAACAAAUGCAGCCUGCUAUUACAUGCCCGGGAGCACAAGGAGCGAGGCCUGAUCAUGCAGUGCUCGCACCUGGUCAUGAAACCAGUGCCGUUGGAGCAGAUGAUAAGCCAGAAUGAACUCAAUGGACAAUCCACACUCCAAGCCAAAGCGCAGCCACAUCAAGCGACCCCUAACAAGAAAACAGACGCAGUGCAGCACAUCGGUAAUAAAUGUCCAGAAUGUCAAACUCAGUUCAGCAGCAAAAAGGAGGUGGUCCAGCAUUUCCAAGAAAUCAAACAGGCUGAAAGCACACCAUGCAUGGAAUGCUCCCCUCCUAUGCUGCUGCCCAAUGCCUGCAGUGCGGCGGCUCAUCAGCGCAUCCAUCAAGGCAGCCUGCCCUGUGUCUGCCCCGAGUGUGGCGGCACGGCGAAGCAGGCACUCUUUCAAGCACAUCUGGAUCACGCUUGUUUGCACUUUUCACGACGCAUUGGGUACAGAUGCUCCAGUUGCCUGGUGGUGUUUGGAGGGCUAAACUCGGUGAAGGGUCACAUCCAACAGGCCCACUGUGAUAUUUUCCACAAGUGCCCCACCUGUCCCAUGGCAUUCAAAUCUGCGCCCAGUGUACAAAGUCACAUCAGCACGCAGCAUCCCGCGUUAACUGAGGGCCAGGCCAUGUUGAUCUACAAAUGUGUGAUGUGUGAUACAGUUUUCACUCACAAGUCCUUGCUUUACGUCCACUUUGAGACACACUUAACCAAUCAAAAGGUUCAUGUUUAUAAAUGUCCAGAGUGCACCAAGAUGUUUCAUCAGAGAAGUGUACUAAUGGAACAUUUCAAGAGCCACAAUUCAUCCAAGCAAGAGUUAGCCUCCACCCCAGCUGCUGCUUCUUUGUGUCCUAAGCCUGUAGUCAAACAAGAGAGUUCAGAUGGGGAAGACGGCAUGGAGGAAGUUAAUGCAGAUACGACGAUCGCCACCACAGGGUGGAAGUGCGUUCACUGCCACGAAUGCUUCACUGACGCUGAAGAGUUUGUCAGCCAUAUGGCUAAACAACAUGGCAAGGUCUUGAAGAGCUUUCCUUGCAACAAAUGUGAGAGCUCCUUCUCCUCCACGUCCAGUCUGAGACGCCAUGUCCGCGACAAACACAAAGACAUGAGUCGCUUCCGCUGCCAGUUCUGUACAGGCAGCAAGAAAACAUUCAGCAGCAGAGCGAUGUUAGACAAACACAUCCAGCUUCGACACAGCACCGAAGCCAUGAGCCAGGAGGUAGGCACAGAUGAGGCUGACAGCGCGUCGGAACACGACGGCGCUGUGCUGACUCAUCGUAGACGCCGAGCGGCCGGCAAGCCGGAGCACGACGAAGAGUCCACUCCCGUGAAAAGGUUACGGUCAUCCUCUGCAGUUGCCCCCUACUGUCCCCCCGAGUCCGGUUUCCGCUGCGCCCCCUGCGGCUUCACCACGGAAGAUCAGGCAACGUUUCAGACGCACAUCAGCCAGCAUCGAGUGGCGGCGGAAGGCGGCGGGCAGCAGUGCACUCAGUGCGGCGCCUGCUUCACUUCAACCAACUCGCUGGCACGCCACCGCUUUAUCACCCACAAGGUCCGAGAUGGUUUCACUGACCAACACCAAGCCCAGAGCGUGGGUGCAGCGUCAUCUCCUGUUAACAGCAAGAAGCCAGAUGAUAAUUUUCUCAGAUGUCCUGCAUCGCCCACCUCUCAAACUCACGGCAAGGAAGACGACGACGCGUUGAACUGUAAAGUGUGCGGCAAACACUUUGACAAGGCCACGGACCUGAACACGCACUUCAGAACUCAUGGAAUGGCUUUUAUCAAUGCAAGAAACACGGGAAAACCAACCUAGGAUGUGAGUAGACUGUCACAAGGUGCCUUAUUAUCAUCUUGAGGAUUUAUGGCUCAGCACAUCGAUGGCCGAAUCGCGAAACGUCCUAUCUGAAAUCUGAUCUGAUGCAGAUAGUCGGUGUUGUCCUCCAAAAUUUUCCCAGCAAACCUGAUUGGAGGUUUAGGUCAGGUGAAUUUUCUGUCACAGCAUAGAGCAGGAUUUUCUUGCAGACAGACGGAAGGUUUUGCCUUUUGGCCAUCGACAUGCAGUUUAACCAAAUUUUGCACAAAUAGUUUUCGUGAUCAUCGUCAUCGUGCAAGAUGAUUCUCAUAAGCCUUAGCCUUCUAUUUGUGACACUUUGGAUAUCAAAUACAGUGGUACCUCCAACGUUAAACACAACGCAUUCUAUGAAGCAGGUCGACUUCGAAGUUGUUUUCAUUUUUAAACAAAUUUCAACAUAAGAAAUAAUACAGGGGGUCCUGGGUUUUCUAUGGCAAUGACGUAACCCAAGUUUGUACGUAAGGCACAGCGUAAAGUCAUAAUUACAGAAAAUAUUUUUAUGAAAAGCACUUCCUGAGUGUAAAUACAAAACACUCAAAUGAAAAACAUUAAGUAUGGUGUUAACUGAGAGUGACGAUUUAUUCUUAUGCAAGAAUGAAGGUCUGCCGAGACUGUAAACCUCUGACCCCAGUAAUUUGUUACGUGGUCAAACUGAUAACAUCAUAAAACCUUAUUUAACUCUACUCGCAAUGUUUUAAUCAACAUUUCUACCCGGUAACCACUGUAUAAUAUAAGUGAAAUAAAGUACAACUCCCGAGAGUAUGGCGUACCGAACCCCCUUAUACGGGCUGUUCGUUCCCUGUAUGACGAGUGUCAGAGUUUGGUCGGCAUUGCCGGCAUUAAGUCGGAUUCGUUUCCGGUGAGGGUUGGACUCCGCCAAGGCUGCUCUUUGUCACAUAUUCUGUUCAUAACUUUUAUGGACAGAAUGUCUAGGCCCAGCCGAGGCGUAGAGGGGGUCCGGUUUGGUGGCCACAGUAUUGUGUUUCUGUUGGCUUCAUCAAGCCGUGAUCUCCAGCUCUUAGUGGAGCAGUUUGCAGCCGAGUGUGAAGCGGUUGGGAUGAAAAUCAGCACCCUCCAUAUCUGAGACUAUUGUCGUGAGUCGGAAAAGGGUGGAGUGCCCUCUCCAAGUCGGGGAUGAGAUUCUGUUCCAAGUGGAGGAGUAUCUUGGGGUCUUGUUCAUGAGUAAGGGAAGAAUGAAACGUGAGAUCGACAGGCGGAUCGGUGCAGCGUCUGCAGUGAUGCGGACUUUGUAUCCGUCCAUUGUAGUGAAGAAGGGGCUAAGCCGAAAGGCUAUUUACCGGUCGAUCUACAUUCCUACCCUCACCUAUGGUCACGAGCUGUGGGUCGUGACCGAAAGAACAUGAUCCCAGAUACAAGCGGCCGAAAUGAGUUUCCUCCUCAGGGUGUCUGGGCUCUCCCUUAGAGAGAGGUGAGAAGCUCAGAUAUCCGGGAGGGGCUCAGACUAGAGCCGCUGCUCCUCCACAUUGAGGAGCCAGAUGAGGUGGCUCGGGCAUCUGAUUAGGAUGCCUCCUGGACGGCUCCCUGGUGAGGAGACCCCGGGGACGACCCAGGACACGCGGGAGAGACUAUGUCUCCCGGCUGGCCUGGGAACGCCUCGGGGGCCCCACGGAGGAGCUGGAUGAAGUGGCUGGGGAGAGAGAAGUCUGGGCUUCCCUGCUAAAGCUGCUGCCCCCGCGACCCGACCUUGGAUAAGCGCAAGAAAAUAGAUGGAUGGAUAAAGUCGAAACAGUCACCGUUUUACGAUGCCUGACAAACACCCAAUGAAGAGGGAACAGAAAACAGUUUAUAUGCAAGCUCCUCUAUCAAUUUCUUGUUCUCUUGUUAAUGGUGGCGGCACAAAAAACAUUACUUCGGCUGCUCAGUGUACUGAAGUCGCUCAUAUUUGUAGAUGUCUCAUAUGUUUUCACACAUAAUGGAGGUUUAAAUUUUAGGUUGAAAUCAAAACUUUGGGGUGUUGCACUUUGGGGGUUCCUGUGCAAUGCUACCUUCUGUUUGACAGCAUGAAACAAAAAUGCAGUUUAGUCCUUAAUGCAGGGAAUUAUUGUACAGUGAACCCCCCACUAGCGGCCACCUUCGAAGUCUACGCAUUGUUGUGUUCCCUCUGGUGCUGUGAAUGGAGUAAUUUGACUGAUAGCGAGUUGCGUGUAUGAGCGGUGGGAGCAAGGGGUUCCCUGUCUGUGGACUCAUCUUUGCACUUCUAACGAGACCGGAAUAUUUAUAACAUGGUGGAUAAUUAACUGAUCCUGGUUAUACAGAGAAAACAAACAUGAUUUGGUCUACUAGUCUUUCAGUUUCAAGCCUUUAUCAUCUAGAACUAAACCUCCAACAUGGCCGACAAAAGCCCACACAUCACAUGAUCCGUAUUUUGACUGGAUAACGGAGGAUAGGCGAUAAAGCGAAUGUCGAAACUGCGACUAUGUGGGGCAUCGUUAUACACGAGGGAAUGUGUAGCUGCUAUGCGUUACACACACACACACACACCAAUCCCCUCAAGAAAUCUCAGAAAAACACGGUGUAUUCAGUUUCAAACAAAUUGUACCGUGAUUCAUGACAAAGAUAAUAAUUAUUGGAAUAAUUCAUACCUGAAUGUCGAAUUGUAUGUUACAGUUGAGCACAGUUGCUUAAGAGUACCCUUUUUCAUAUAAAAGGCUUCAUGUUUUACUUAAUGAGCGAGAAAAUACCUAAAUGUUGUUCUCUGCCAGUGCCAGAUAGUGCAGGUAGAUUUAUUUAAAGCGGAUCCUCCAAAGUUCAUCAGUUUGUUUGUCACCAUCCUGAAACAUUUUAAUUUUAAUUAAAAUUUGAACAUUCUUAAUGUUCAUACACGUUAAAAUUAAGUGAAUCAACUGUAGAAAACUAAACUCUAAUUGCUCACUCAUUUAUUGUGUGUGUGUGCGGUGUGAAUUAGGAAUUGACAUUAAAACAUUUUUCAUUGUCACAGUGUAAAAAUACAUUAAAAACGUUGACAUGUGGCGUAUGUGUGACUGUGUUCCUGGGAAGUGAGUCUCUUUACAUGAGCUUGGACCACCUUAAGGAAAAACUGACUUUGCAAUGUACUGUACAUGCCAUUCUGUCUUUAUUAUUUGUCAAACUCAUUGUGUUGUACUGAGCAGCCAGGACAAUGACGCAUCACAGAAAAGCCAAAGAAAAAGAUACAAAUUGUACUUUGGAGGUUCCACUGUUGUUAGAAAGUAGCCUGCCGAACUCCUCUGUUUAUCUUCAAUGGAAAGUAAAACUGAAACAAACAUCUGAAAAAAUGGAUCCUCUCAGCAAGUUCACUAGGUCAGUGUUUGCCAACCUUUAUUGAGCCAAAGCGCACAUUCUACGUUUUUAGAAAAAUCUCACAGCACACCAAACAAGUGUCACAAAAAGUAUAUACAGUGGGUACGGAAAGUAUUCAGACCCCCUUAAAUUUGUCACUCUGUUAUAUUGCAGCCAUUUGCUAAAAUCAUUUAAGUUCAUUUUUUUCCACAUUAGUGUACACAAAGCACCCCAUAUUGACAGGAAAAAAACAGAAUUGUUGACAUUUUUGCAGAUUUAUUGAAAAGGAAAAACUGAAAUAUCACACAGCCAUAAGUAUUCAGACCCUUUGCUCACUAUUUAGUAGAAGCACCCUUUUGAGCGAAUACAACCAUGAGUCUUUUUGGGAAUGAUGCAACAAGUUUUUCACACCUGGAUUUGGGGAUCAUCUGCCAUUCCUCCUUUCUGAUCCUCUCCAGUUCUGCCAGGUUGGAUGGUGAACGUUGGUGGGCAGCCAUUUUCAGGUCUUUCCAGAGAUGCUCAAUUGGGUUUAAGUCAGGGCUCUGGCUGGGCCAUUCGAAAACAGUCACGGAGUUGUUCUGAAGCCACUCCUUUGGUAUUUUAGCUGUGUGCUUAGGGUCAUUGUCUUUUUUGGAGGUGAACCUUCGGCCCAGUCUGAGAUUCUGAGCACUCUGGAGAAGGUUUUUAUCCAGGAUAUCCCUGUACUUGGUCGCAUUCAUCUUUUCUUCAAAUGCAAGCAGUCUCCCUGUCCCUGCAGCUGAAAAACACACCCACUGCAUGGUCCUGCUGCCGCCAUGCUUCACUGUUGGGACUGUAUUGGAUACGUGAUGAGCAGUGCCUGGUUUUCUCCACACAUGCCACUUAGAAUUAAGAUCAACAAUUUCUAUCUUGGUCUCAUCAGACCAGAGAAUCUUAUUUCUCACCAUCUUGGAGUCCUUCAGGUGUGUUUUGUUUAGCAAACUCCAUGCGAGCUUUCAUGUGUCUUGCACUGAGGAGAGGCUUCCGUCUGGCCACUCUGCCAUAAAGCCCCGACUGGUGGAGUGCUGCAGUGAUGGUUGACUUUCUAGCACUUUCUUGCAUCUCCCGACUGCAUCUCUGGAGCUCAGUCAUGGUGAUCUUUGGGUUCUUCUUUACCUCUCUCACAAAGGCUCUUGUCCCCCGAUUGCUCAGUUUUGCCAGACAGCCAGCUCUAGGAAAGGUUCUGAUCGUCCCAAACGUCUUCCAUUUCAGGAUUAUGGAGGCCACUGUGCUCUUAGGAACCUUAAGUGCAGCAGAAUUUUUUUUGUAACCUUGGCCAGAUCUGUGCCUUGCCACAAUUCUGUCUUUGACCUCAUGAUUCUCAUUUGCUCUGACAAGCACUGUGAGCUGUAAGGUUUUAUAUAGACAGGGGUGUGGUUUUCCUAAUCAAGUCCAAUCAGUAUAAUCAAACACAGCUGGACUCCAAUGACGGUGUAGAACCAUCUCAAGGAUGAUCAGAAGAAAUGGCCUGCACCCGAGUUAAAUAUGAGUGUCAGAGCAAAGGGUCUUAAUACUUAUGGCUUUGUGAUAUUUCAGUUUUUCUUUUUUAAUAAAUCAGCAUACAUUUCAACAAUUAAAAUUGUUUUCUGUCGAUAAGGGGUGCUAUGUUUACAUUAAUGAGGGAAAAAAAAAACCAUAAAUGAUUUUAACAAAUGGCUGCAAUAGAACAAAGAUUGAAAAAUUUAAGGGGGUCUGAAAACUUUCUGUACCCACUGUAUACUCUGAACAUACACUGAAAUAUUGAUCUCGUCUCAAUUCAUUCACAAAUGCAAUUUUUUGCCUGUCAUUAUACAUUGCUAGCAUCGAUAGAUGAACGAAGUUACAUUAUUUGUAGUAAAUGAGUAAUAAUUUGCAGACCAAUUAAGUGAAAUUGGAUAGUUUCCCAUGACAUACAUAGGAGUCACUGCACCUUUGUGUCAGUUUAACAUUCAGUUGAUUCCAAACUGCUUUGAACAGUCAGUUAUCACUUUUAGUGUUCAGUGCAUCUCAAAACCUUCCCAAGUGAUAAUGUGACUUGUAUUGUGAAUUAUGUUUAAAAUGUUUGCUAAUGAGUGUUGGUUUAAAAUAGCUGUGUGUUUGUAUCUUUCAAACUGCAAGUGAUUGUAAUCAGUUGCCAGGUGGCCUUCAGUAAAACUUAUUUUUAUAUGUUUGUGUCCAAAAGGUUCUUUAAGGCGCUAUGUUAUUGUAAUUGUUAGUGUAGCUUCUGAUUAUAUUCUCAGGUGAGCAUGCAAUACUUUAGCAAUGUUUUAAUCAACAUGCUCAAAUGUUUGUGGAGCUAUAGAAAUAAAAAUGUGGUACAUUGUUACGUGA